CAUCAGAGGCUGGAGGACGCACGCGAGAGUAGGAACAUGGAAGUUCUGGUUCUGGCUCUGGUUCUGCUUCAGGGGUCCAGCUGUGUCUACUCAAAUUCCUCCUCCUUUUAUACUUCAACACCUGACCCAGUGGAGCUCUCUAGCAGUGUCGACUCCAUCAGAACUCCUGCUGGAGUGGUCACUGUAGAGCCAAUAGCAGAUACAUCCAGCAGGACCAGCCGACACAUCAACACCUCCAGUAUCAACAGUCAAACACAUGAUGGAGCCUCAGCACACGUGAACGCCACCAAACCUCCAGAUUUACACCCCGAUGUUUCCUUUACGGUCACGCAGCCGCCAGCUGUUGAUGGAUCAGAUUCACAGAUCAGGACUGAAGCAGCAGCAGCACACACAGAAAGGUUUGGAACGUCAUCCUUCCUAACUGGAAACCAGACCCAGUCUACUGGGACCAGGGCCUGGAGGCUGGUUUCCUCUGCAGGAUAUCCUCAGGUGAAUACAGGUGAGACUGAUGUCUCAUCUGAACCCGGUCCAACAUGGUCCAACCAAGAAACUCCAGUUAUGCCACAGUCAGCCACUGACAGGAAGAGCUACACCUCAGCUCCACCCCCCACAGUUACCACACCUGCAGAAGCACACUUGACAUCUGCAUCCAACAUGGAUGUGGAUAUAGCAUCCACCCCUCAGUCCCAGACUGCACCUUCAUCUGCAGGCUCUACCCACCACCCAGACACCUCAGAGAGUCUGACAGGAGCCACACCUGUAAACUCACCUGAAAGCUCACCAGUAAAUUCACCUGAAAGCUCAACUGUAAUAUCACCUAUAACCUCACCUGUAACCACACCUGUGACCUCACCUGUAAACUCACCAUUAACCUCACCUGUGACCUCACCUGAAACCUUGUCUGCAGCCUCACCUGAAAACUUACUUGAAACUUCACCAAAAAUGUCCCCUGGAACCACACCUGUGACUUCACCUGUAAACUCACCAUUAACCUCACCUGUAAAUUCACCUGAAACCUCACCUGUAACCACACCUGUGACCUCACCUGUAAACUCACCAUUAACCUCACCUGUGACCUCACCUGAAACCUUGUCUGCAGCCUCACCUGAAAACUUACUUGAAACUUCACCAAAAACAUCCCAUGUAACCACACCUGUGACUUCACCUGUAAACUCACCUGUAACCUCAUCUGUGACCUCACCUGUAAACUCACCUGUAACCUCAUCUGUGACCUCACCUGUAAACUCACAUGUAACCACACCUGUGACCUCACUUGGAAACUUGCCUGCAAUCUCACCUGAAAUCUCUCCAGAAACUUCAUCUGUAACAUUACCUGUCACCUUACUUGUAACCACACAUGUGACCUCACCUGUAACUUCAUCUAAAACCUUGCCUGCAACCUCACCUGAAACUUUGCAUGUAACAUCACAUGUAAAUUCACCUGAGACCUCACCUGUAACAUCACCAAUAACUUCACCUGUAAACUCACCUGUAACAUCACCUGAAACCUCACCAGUAACUUCACCUGUAACCUCACCUGUAAACUCACCUGGAACCUCACCUGUAACAUCACCUGUAACUUCAUCUGUAACCUCACCUGUAAACUCACCUGUAACCACACCUACUGUCAUACCUGUACUUUCACCUGCACUUACACCUGCAACUACAGAAGUAACCACACCUGUAAGCACACCUGCAGUCUUACCUGUAACUACACCUGCAGCCACAUCUACAAGUGCUACUCUUCCAAUCACGACCCCCUCCACAACCACAUUUACCAUCAGAACACGACCCACCACUGGCAGAACUGCACCCUCAACAACUACAACUUCUUUGCCAACAACCUCACCAUCAACCACCACACCUGUCCAGACCUCGGCAGGGCCCCGGUGCUCUGCAGAGCUGACAGAGAUCAGUUCCAGUUCGGACUGGGCCGUUGUCCGGUUGACCUCCUCCGGUCUGUCAUGUGAUUUCGGUCUCAUCACAGAUUUGGGUUCCCUUCUGAAGACCAGCAAGUGCAACCCGUACCAACACCCAGGAACAGCCCUCAUCUGUCGCAUCACAGAACUGGAACCAGGAACUCAGUACAGACUGACAGCAAUCUCCAGGAAGGACAGAGAGAGCAGCAGCAUCUUUGUGCACACAGACCCAGUUGGUCCAGCUCAUCUAAAAGUCCAGUUGGACCCAGCUCCAGUUCAGUUUAAGAGCCCAUCUGCGGUUCAGAGAGGAUCUUCUGGUCUGCAGGUGUUCUGGUCUCGCUCUGCUGGACAUGUGGACUGGUAUGAUGUGACCCUGAAGGACACCGGGUCCGGAUUGGUCCGAAGCAACAGAAUCUUGGGCUCUGCAGAACCCAGGUCCAGUUUCAGCUCACUGGUCUCCGGGACUCUGUACAACGUCAGCGUGGUGGCGUCGGCCGGGAACAAGAGUGCCAUAGCUGUGCACACCGCAGUGGCAACAGCUCCUUCUGCUGUGGACUGGCUGCAGGUGACGUCCUCGUCCUCAGAAAGUCUCACUGUGUCCUGGCAUGCAGGGCCAGGACGGAGAGACAAUUUCAGGGUUCUGCUGAUGGACCAUGACGAGGUUCUGCUGAAGAACAUUACUCUGAAGAACACCACAACCUCUGCUGAGCUGGACAACUUAAAGCCAGGGACCUUGUACACCAUCACCGUGGCAACAGAGGCUGUUGGCUUGCAGAACUUCACCUCAACAUAUGGCAUCACAGUUCCAGCAGCUGUGUCAGAUCUGAUCCUCGACAACAACGGCAGCUCAGACCGCCUGCAGGCCUCCUGGACUCUACCUGGAGGGGGCGUGGACUAUUUCCUGGUGACCCUGUGGGCUGCAGGAAUGACCCCCCAGCAACGAAGCCUGCCCCCCAACACCACUCAGGUGGUGUUUGAAGAUCUGACCCCUGGUCGUAGCUACCAGCUGUCAGUCAGGUCCUGGGCUGGAGGUCAGAGCUCAGAAAGCAAGAUCAUGGGCAGAACAGUUCCAGAUCUGGUCUCGGCUCUGUCCAUGUCCAGUGAUAGCAGCACACUGCAGCUCAGCUGGUCGCCCCCUAGAGGCGACUGGGAAAACUACAGCGUCCUGCUGAUGAAUGAUUCAGAGGUUCUACUGAACCGGACCAUUAGUAAACAGAGCAGGCAGCUCGCCCUGUCUGUGGAUAGUCUGGGCCUUGUACCGGGACGCCUCUACACUGCAGCCCUCACAGUGUACAGUGGCAUUCUGGGUAACACAGCCCGCUGCAGCUACCGGCUCGCACCUCGUCCUGUCCAACAGCUGCUGGUCCGUCAGGCCGAUGAGACAUCUCUGAGUGUACGAUGGAGUUGGCCGGUUGGACUGUGGGAUGGCUUCAUUGUGCUCCUUACAGAAGACAAUACCCCCAACCCCAUCUCCCAGAGAACCCUCGGCUGGGGGGUCAGAGAGUGCACCUUCAACAGCCUUACUUCAGGACGCCACUACACUGUUACUGUGACAACCACCAGUGGUAACCUGAGCAGCUCUGCCUCACUGUCGGCAUGGACUGCUCCAGCUCAGGUCGGCCAGUUGCACGUCUCCAACCUUGGCACCACUGACAGUCUGCAGAUACAGUGGGAACCGGCCUCUGGAGACCUGGAUUCAUACCGCAUCCUGCUGGUCCAUGACAGCAGCAUCAUCAAGAACCAGAGUGUGGUGGCGGACACGAGCAGCAUUUGUUUCCAGUCCCUGAGACCAGGAGCUCUGUACAAGGUGGUGAUGACCACCAUCAAAGCCGGACUAACCUCCAGACAGACUGUGGCGGAGGGACGCACAGUGCCAGCUGCAGUCACUGAUGUCCGGGUCAGCAACAAUGGCCGUACAGACUUCCUGACCGUGUCCUGGAAUCAGGCUGCAGGUGAGGUGGACAGUUACCUUGUCAACCUGAUGGAUGGAGACAGGAUGCUUCACACCCUGGCCGUCUCCAAGUCCAGCCCAGGCUGUGUCUUCAACUCUCUGGUAUCCGGCCGUCUCUACAACAUCUCCAUCAGCGCCUGCAGUGGUCGGUACCAGAACCACACUUUCAUCCAGGAGAGAACACAACCAUCGAAGGUUCUGAACCCCAGGGCGAUCCAUGGUGCCCGGGGUGACUACCUGAAGGUCAACUGGUAUCACGCUGCUGGAGACAUGGACCGGUACCAGGUCUUCAUCAAGCACAACAAUAUCUUCCUGCAGAACAAGACGGUGCCAAAGACCCAGAGCGAGUGUGUGUUCACAGACCUGGUACCGGGCCGGCUCUACACGGUGCUGGUGAGCACCUGGAGUGGAAAAUAUGAAACCAGUACCUCAACCCACGGCAAGACCUUCCCAGCACCGGUCCGAUCUCUGGCUCUGGCAGGACGGGGAACUGAGGACCUGCGGGUGACGUGGUUGGCAGCUCCGGGCGAUGUAGAUCACUACGAGGUCCAGCUGCUGUUUAACGACAUGAAGGUGUUCCCUCCCAUCAGUCUGGGCAGCGGGGUGGAGGAGUGUGUCCUGUCCUCACUCACACCUGGACGGCUUUACAAGAUCCUGGUCUCCACCUUCAGUGGUUCAAACCAGAGGGCCCGCUUCAUCGAGGGCCGCACAGCUCCCAGUAAGGUGAAAAACAUCCACAUCAGUAACGGCGGUGAUUGCAGCAGUCUGCAGGUGAGUUGGACACCUGGUCAGGGCGACGUGGAUGGGUACUCCGUGUUCCUGUACAGGGAGAGCCGCCAGCUGACAGCACGAGCUAUCCCUAAACACCAGAACCAGGUGAGGUUCGACUCGCUGCAGCCGGGUCAGCUGUAUGGCGUCAUGGUCCAGUCUGUGAGCGGAGAACUGCUGAACAACAACACCGCUGCAGGACGGACAGUCCCACUGGCAGUAACUGGUCUGCAGGUGGACCCGGUCCACAGCACCUGCAGCCUCCAGGUGAGAUGGCAGGAAGUUCUGGGCGUGGCCGACGGAUACUUCCUGCAGGUUCUGGAUGACAGAGGCAGUCUUGUCACGAAUGUCUCGCAGCCGUUUGGACUCACCCUCCACAGGUUCGAUGACCUUACUCCGGGAAAGAAAUACAGAGUUCUGGUCCAGACCACCAGCGGGGGGGUCCACAGCCUGGGGGUCAGCACAGAGGCCCGAACACGUCCGGCCACCGUCACCGACCUGGCCAUCAGAACCAGUUCCACCAGCAGCCUGGCCUUCCACUGGUCUCCACCUGAUGGAGACUUCCAGCUUUACGAGGUCUUUCUGUAUAAAAGUGAUGAGUUGCUGCAGGAGAAGCUGCGGGUUCAGUCCACCAGUCAGCAGUGCUCCUUCCAGGGUCUCAGACCAGGAGCUCAGUACCAGAUGGUGAUCCUGACUCGCAGCGGAAACCAGACCAACCAGACCUCCAUCAGGGCAAGGACAGUGCCGGCAGCAGUGGCAUCUCUGAAGGUUCUGAGUGGAAACGGGUCAGACGCUCUGUGGGUUUGCUGGGAUCGAGGUGCUGGUGAUGUGAGCGGAUACCUGCUGUCUCUCUACAAUCCUGACGGCUCACAGCAGGCCAAGAGCCGUCUCAGCUCGGAGGCCACAGAGUUUAUGUUCUCAGGCCUGGUACCAGGCCGACAGUACCAGGCCGAGGUUCUGAGCCUCAGUGGAGAGCUCCACAACACAGCUAGCACUGUGGGCCGAACAGCUCCCAAACCCCCCACCUCGUUCUUGUUUGGUGGGGUCACCAACACAUCCCUGGAGAUCACCUGGACUGGCCCCAUGGACUCAGACUACGACGACUUCGACCUACAGUGGACUCCUCGGGACCGGCUGUCCGUCAUCAACCCAUACCACAGCCGCACGUCCGGCAGCCGCAUCCUGAGGGGGAUGUUCCCGGGACGCCUCUACACCUUCAGCCUCCGCACCGUCAGCGGGGCCACGCAGUCCGGAGCCACGCCCACCUACAGCACGCCCAUCCACAACAGCAUCAGAACCAAGCCGGAGCGAAUCCACAGCCUCCACUGUCACCCUCAGAGCUCCACCUCCAUCUCCUGCUCCUGGGGGCUUCCGGAGGCUGACUACGACUCCUACACCAUCGAAUGUCUCUACCAGGACUCCCACACCCUGGUCUACUCGCGUCGCACCGGCCGGGACUCCACCAGCUACAUCAUCACCCAGCUGGAGCCCCACAAGCGCUACACAGUCUCAGUGAAGGUCAUCUCUGACGGGGUGACUAGUGAGGAGUCGGUGGACAGCGUGGUCACCAUGAUCGACCGUCCUCCUCCACCUCCUCUCAGUACCCGGGUCAGUGAGAAGUCUGCUGUGGUCUCCAAGUCCUCCAUCUCCUUCUGGUUUAACUGCAGCUGGUUCAGUGAUGUCAACGGAGCCGUGAGGUUCUUCGCAGUGGUGGUGAUGGAGUCUGAAGGUAUCGCCGACCUGCAGCCAGACCAGCAGCACCCUCUGCCCUCCUACUUAGACUACAGGUCCAACAGCUCCAUCAGGUCUUACCAGACCAGCUUCUUCCCCAGCCGCUGCUCCGAUGGCCUCGAUGCCAGUGCCCAUGUCUUCAACAUCAGCCUGGGGACAGGAAUGGACUCACUGGGGGGACCCUGUGAAUACAGAGACUCAGACCUGAACCCAGAGUCUGCCAGAGACCUGAACCACUUCUGUGAUGGACCACUGAAGCCUAAAACAGCCUACAGGAUCAGCGUCCGAGCCUUCACUCAGUUGUUUGAUGACGGGACAGAAGACUCAAGCGUCUCAUCUCCUCUGUUCACCGACACCUUCCUGUCGCUCCCUGUUGUCACAGAGACUGAACCUCUGAGCGGCGUCAUCGAAGGCAUCAGCGCCGGGCUGUUCCUCAUCACCAUGAUGGUGGCCGUCACCGCGCUGCUCUUCUGCAGACACAGGGCACGCACAGUGGUGGAGGAGAGGCCUGCCGUCAGGAUGAGUGUGAGGAGAGACAGGACCGCAGGAGUCCAGCUGGGGAUCAGAGGCGGCAGAAGAAUCUCCAGUCCCAUCAGGGUCAUGAACUUUGAGUCUCACUACAACCAGCUGUUGGCAGACUCCACCUACCUGCUGUCAGAAGAGUAUGAGGACCUGAAGGAUGUUGGUCGGAAUCAGCCUCUGGACUCAGCCCUGCUGCCAGAGAACCGCGGGAAGAACCGAUACAACAACAUCCUGCCCUACGACUCAACGAGGGUGAAGCUGUCCUACGUGGACGAUGAUCCCUGCUCAGACUACAUCAAUGCCAGCUACAUCCCAGGUAAUAAUUUCCGUCGCGAGUACAUCGCCACGCAGGGUCCUCUGCCAGGAACAAAGGAUGAUUUCUGGAAGAUGGUAUGGGAGCAGAACGUUCACAACGUGGUGAUGGUCACACAGUGUGUGGAGAAAGGCCGGGUGAAAUGUGACCACUACUGGCCAUUCGAUCAGGACCCUCUGUACUAUGGAGACCUGAUUGUCCAGAUGCUGUCGGAGUCGGUUCUGCCUGAGUGGACCAUCAGAGAGUUCAGAAUCUGCAGUGAGGAGCAGCUGAGCUUCAGCCGUCUGGUCCGCCAGUUUCACUACACAGUGUGGCCUGAUCAUGGAGUCCCAGAGACCACUCAGUCCCUCAUCCAGUUCGUCCGAACCGUCCGAGAUUAUGUCAACCGAACCCCUGGAUCUGGUCCUACCGUGGUCCACUGCAGUGCUGGUGUGGGCCGCACGGGAACCUUCAUCGUCCUGGAUCGAGUCCUACAGCAGCUGGACAGCCGGGACACACUGGACAUCUAUGGUGCAGUCUUUGAUCUGCGACUCCAUCGAUCACACAUGGUGCAGACUGAGGUUCAGUAUUUGUUCCUGCAUCAGUGUGUUCGGGACGUCUUGAGAGCCCGGAAGCUCCGUAGUGAACAGGAGAAUAUACUCCAUCCCAUCCUGAGAAUGUGACACUCAGGAGUAAGAGAGACGCUGUGAAUCUUCUCCCAGCUGACAGACGGUUGGGCUCCACAGAGAGACAUGGCAAUUUAUUUUUGUAUCAGCAUUCAUAAUUUUAACCUGCAAAUAUUUCACACAGAGAAACUUUAUGUUAAUUUAUGUAACUGAAAUCUGUUUAGUUUCUGUGGUCAGUCAGCUGCUGCUCAGUUCAGUUAUGAUAAAGCUGUUGUAUGUGAAUGUCUGUGGACCACAGCAGCACCUGGAUCUGUACCUGUCUGUAAGCAGCUCAUUAAACACAGAGCACACACACA